AUGUCUAUUGAAUGUUGGCAAGAAGUCAUUAAUGAUUACGAAAAAUUACUUGAAAAUGGAAGAGGUUACGAUGUUAUUAUUUGCGUCGAUGAAAAUGAGGAAAUUCGUGCACAUUCACUCGUUUUAAGUACCAGGUCUCAAUAUUUUUGUACAAAAUUAUUUGAAGAAAAUGUUGAAAGAAGGGAUGGAAAAAUUAUUAUUAAAAGACCUAAUAUUUCUUCUAAAUUAUUUAAAAUGAUUUUAAGGCAAAUUAAUUUAACCACAUUAGACGGAUCUGAAUUAUUAAAACUCACGAUGGCAGUAGAUUACCUUAAUAUUCAAAUUCUUGAAACAAUUUAUCAAAAUGAAGUUAUCGAAAUAUUAUCUGAUUUUAAUAAAUUUAGAAAAUUAAAAGAGCCAUUGGCAAAAUUAUUAUUUAAGCAGAAUGAUUUAAAUUUAGAUAAAAUUGUUAUAAUGCUAUUUAAUUCUGAUAGAUUCAUUAAUUUAGAAGAACCAUUAUUAAAGUCGAUUAUAAAAAGGGAUGAUUUGAUUUUGGAAGAAAUUGAUGUUUGGAAUAGUUUAUUGAAGUUAGGGAUGGGGACGUGGGGACUUGCACAAAAUGCAAGUGCAAGAAGUGCAACAAGAAGUACAAGAAGUCUAUUUGGAAGAUUUCCUAUUCUUUCGCCUAUUAUUUUGCAAGAUAACACUAGAUGGAAUGAUGAAGAAAUUAGAAUUAUGGAAAGAACUCUUCGUGAAUUUAUUCCUUUAGUUCGGUUUCAUUAUAUGUCUCCAGAAGAUUUUCUUGAUAAAAUAUUUCCUUUAAAAGGAUUACUGCCAAGGGAUUUACUUAAUGAUCUCUUGACGUUUCAUAUUACAUUAAGUAGGCGAACAAACGUUAAUAUACCUCCUCCUAGACAACUUAAAAUAGAUUCUGCUAUUAUACAGCCUAAACAUAUUGCUAUAUUUGCGGCAGCAGCUUUUCAUGCUAAAUGUGAUAACAAAGGAGCUACUAUAGUUGUAGUAAAAAUUCAAAAUUUAGAACAAAUAGUUGGAGGAUAUAAUCCAUUAACUGGUGGAUGGAGUACUGCAAAAGACAGCUUUAUAUUCUCAUUUACGGAUAGAAAUAACCUUCAAACUGCAAAAGUAGGUUAUAUUAAUGAUGGGUACUAUGGCGAUGCUAUAUACAGUGACACCUCUCUAAGUGCACCCUCCUUGGGACCAUAG